AUGAAAAGGGGAGGAAGAUCAAGAGGACGAAAAAAUACCAAAAACCCAGCUAAACAACCCAAACUGCUGGACGACGGAGGAGACACGUCGGACACGGGGGAAGAAGACGAAAGCAUCGAGACCGGAGCUGUCGAAGCGCUGCAUGCAGGUCUGAAAGACAUCGACGACUUCAGAACGGAGAUGAAAAGCGAGCUCGCCACACUCAAAAAGGAAAUGAAAAGAGAACUAAAGGAAGAACUCGAGGACUUUAAGAGAGACAUUAACCAAAAGUUAGCAGACACGGGGAAGGAGCUAGCAACACAAACGGUGAGAAUCGCGGAGGCUGAGCAAAGAAUUGACGAGACGGAGAACAGGAUUGUGGAGGUGAAAGAGGCGCUGCUCCAAACACUGAAGCAGCAGAAAAUACUACAAGAAAAAUUUACAGACCAAGAGGGAAGAAACCGGCGAAACAAUAUUCGGAUUAUGUGCCUGGAAGAGGGAACGGAGGCCAGCUCAGCUGCACAAUUCAUAGAACAGUUGUUAAAAAAGGAGCUUGCCUUGCCGGCAGAGAUAGACCUGCAAAUACAACGCGCAUGCCGAGCUCUGGCACCAAAACCGGACUCCAGCAAACCCCCGAGAUCUAUCGUGGUGAAUUUCCUCCAGUACACAACAAAAGAGAUGGUUAAAACACAGAGUGCUAUGGAAGGAAGGUACAGCCAAGUUGACGAAGACCCAAAGCCACAGGAAGGAGAGGCUUCAGAGGACAGGGCAGUUUCUGACCCACCAGAGUGUGACUCACAGGAUCAGAUAGGACCAGAGCCUGAAGACUCGGCCCCUGAGUAUGACCCUUCCCUUAGUGGUGAGGAUGAAAACUCCCAGGAUUCUGUGCAAGACAACUCUGCUCAGAUGCCGGUGAAUAUUAACCUCUCCAACCUCAAUACGUCAGAAGACAUGGAGGAUGAGGAGCCACUGCUGGAGGAGGAGGAAGAGGAGGAAUUUCUCGUUCUUGAUCCUGAACAUCCCCUGGUCAGAAGGCAACAAGCUGCUCUGAACAAGCAGCUGAGAGAGGAGCUGGAGAGGAUCGAGAUUCAGAUAAAGGAAAAGCUCGGAGUUGAGAAGUCAGAGGCCAGCCUCAUACAGGAGAAAGGCUUAACGAUUUUCAGGAUUCAGGAGCAGCUGGCCAGACUCCAAACAAGGCUUGAAGAGCAUCAUCAGAACAGGACACAGGCUGAAACCGAAUAUCGGCAGGCCCAGGAUCAGCUGGAGGCAGGGAAUAGACACUUUUCCAACAUUAGCAGCCAGCACAGCAGAGCCAAAGCUGAUGUGUCCCAGCUACAGGCAGAGGUCGACAACUUGUCGCUGCACCUCGUCUUCGCACAGAGAGCCUGUGAAGAUCUGCAUUCUGACGUCAAAGCCAAUAGGACCACCAGACACAAAGCGGGAGCCGAGAAGAAUCAGGCUGAAGAACAGAAACUGAAGCAGGAUUUAUAUGUGGAGCGUCUGACGAAGGAACUGGAGAGGCUGACUCAGCAGGUUGCCAUGUAUGAGUCCAAGGCCUGUGCUCAAGCAGAGGAGACACAGGCAGCCAGACAGGUCCUCUCUGAGGUGGAGAUGGAGAUGGAGUCUCUGUUGAUGAUGCGUAAACAGCUGCUGCAGCUGUGGAACAGCAGCGUGUUGAGCUUGAGGAGACGAGAUGAAGACCUCAGCAAGAUGCAGGAGGAUGUGCGCACAAAAGAGCACCAGGUUAUCUUAUUGGACGGAGAGAUUGAAGGCUUCAAGAAAUCCACCACUAUAGAACAGGAGAAGAAUGAGGCACUGACUCUGCAGCUGAACAGGGUCCUGAUGGAUGGAGCCACCUCCAGAAAGCUGAUCAGGCAGAGACAGGCCCAGCACGAGGCUCUACAAGCAGAGUACAGCAUCUGCAUCCGCAUCCUGAGCGACUCCGAGAACACCCUCGACAGGCUCACAAAGGAAUCCAGCAGCCACCAGACUCAUCUGAAUAAUCAGAGGAGGAAGUCGGAGAAAGAGAAUGCUGUGCGUAUGGAGCUGGAGGACAAGAUCAUGACCCACAUGCAGCAGAAGCUUACCCACAACAAGGCUGCCAAGUACUCCCAAAGGCUCACCAGCAAGAAAGCUGAGCUCAAGAAAGAAAAGAUCUCUCAGCUGUGGCAGCUGGAGAAUGAGGUGGUGACGGUGGGACUGGAGAUCAUUGAAGUCAGCCAGCAUCUGGAGAGUCUCUCCGUCACUCAGGAAGCCCUCAAUGAGGAGAAAGCAAAGUACCAAAGAAUGAUCACAUCCAACCGGGCCCAGAUUACUUCCUUCAAUGCACUGAUUGAAAAGAAGGAGACCACCAUUGCCAACUACAACAGAAAGAUCAGUAAAAUCACAGCCAGCACUGGGAAUGAAGACCUAAGUCCUCUGCAAAUCAAGGUGGAUUCGUUGAAGGCUGCUAUCGAGGAGCUGGCAGCGAAUAUCAAGAAUGACCAGCAGCUCUGGAUGAAACGUCAGACGACUCUUGUCGGACUGACGCGUGAGAUAGAGGCCAACAGCAAGAACAUGCAUAAACUGCAGAUAGAGCACACUGUCAUGCAGCAGAAAGAAAUACAUUUCAAGUAUCAGAUUGAAGCAGAGCACCAAGAGCAUAGAGAUCUGGAGAAGAACACGAAGAUGCUAAGAGAAGACCUGCUGAAGCUCAACUACAUGCUCAGCAAGAACGGGCAGCUCAGCCAGGCACUGGAGAAGGAGAACGUGCUGAUGGAGUCAGAUUUUCUGCGGAGACUUAAGGAAGCAGAGCAGGACUCAGUGGAGAUCCAGAUGACAUAUGAGAAGACCCAUGAUGAGAAAGAAAGACUCCUCAACAGUCUGGUGGAAGCUGAGCGGAAGAUCCUGCUGUGGGAGAAGAAGAUCCAGCUUGUAAAAGAGACUCGUUCAGCUUUGGACUCUGACGUGGUCCACAGAGAAAUCCAGAUGAUGAAGGCUGAGAUACAUCGUAGUGAGGCCCAACUCAACCAACUAAAGAGGCAGCAGGAGCAGUUGCUGAGGGAGAGUGAAGAGACAGUGGCGAGGAGGGAGACUGUUGCUAACCGUAGAAAGGCCAUGGUCCACAGCUCACAAAAACAGGCUACAAAGGGCGACCUGAGCCGCCAAGCACAAGGCCUGCGGCGCAAGAUCAAGGACGUGCACAAGCAUUUGGCUGAGUGUGAGCAGGUGAUCAAGGACCAACAGGAGAGCCAGGGGUAUCUGGCUGACGCGCUUGCACAGCAGAAGCAGCGGCUGAUAGAACUGUGCAGCACCAGCCGCACCCUGGACCAUGACAUUGUUGAUCUCGAGGACACUAAAGUUAGGAACUUAGACCACCUGCUGACUCUACAGAACCGGGCUAAGAAGCUGCAGGGGGUGUGCGAGGGCCGCUACAAGGCUUCGUCCACCAGGGACUCAGUCAGAGCCGCUCUGCAAACCCAGACUGAGCAUGUGCACACUACCUCUGCCAUCUUGCACCGAGUCUGUGAAGAGUUCCCCCAGCACCAGGGGCCACUCCGCAGGCUAACGUUAGCGUUGGCAGGUCGUGCUCAGGCAAUUUGAAAGUGCGGGAGACAAUGUAGACAUGAAAGUUAUAACAGGAAGAGGAAGUGAGUAACAUAAUUGUGUCCAUUAAAAAGUGAUCAAAUAACGUCUCGAUGGAAACUCGAUCAGAAAAAACUAAAUCCUUCUCUGUUUGGCUUUUUCUAUCCAGCUGCCAGUUUGUAAACUAACUGAUUCAGUGACAAAAACUAUCCCCAGUCCUUAAUUGAGAAUUUAAAUGAUUCAGUACAAUUAUAUGUUGAGCUCAUGCAUAAGAGAAACACAACAACAAAGCAGAGCACAAUUUUACAAUACAAGGAACUAAGAGAAAAAGGAAUGGAGAAAAACUGUCUCCCGAGUCGUAAAACUCAAGAGAUGAUAUAGCUUUAAAAUAUUCUAAAAGACACUAGUUUGAAGGCAGUUUGCAGGUCACGCCUUUUACAUUUUAUAAUACAUAAAACCAAUUCUGCCAAAGUUAAUGUCUAAGUGUAUGAUUGUGUGCUGCAGCUACUGUUUUUAAAUAACUCUUAUUUACACCAGUGUCACACAGUGCAAUGCCCAACAGAAAUGGAAUCUACAAACAUUGAAUUAUAUUGUGG